GUUCCCUUCGUCGGGGUCUGGGCUCACUUCAUCUCGAGCCGGAAAGACUUGACGCCAUGGCCUCCGAGGACGUUGGAAACUCGAGCCUGGCGGCUGAGGUGCUGCAAAUAUCCGGGCUCUUGGCGCAGCAGGCCGCAGCCAAGGAUGGCAGCUCGUACAAGUUUUCCAUCAACGACUUCGAAGAUGGUGCCGGCGAAACCUUCGAGUUGAACAGGGACGACACGCUGCAACUCAUUGGCGUCUUGAACAGUGGCGAGAAGGAUCUCGCCAAGCGGGAGCUCAGCUCCAUGGUGUCGCGCCUGGACCGCCGUGCCGUGGAAGGCAUCGUGCGCCGGCUCUAUGGCGUAUUGCAGCGCAAGAACCAGGAGAUCGCACAGCUGAACGAGGCGGGCAAGAAGUCUGCCAAAGGCCGGUCCACUUCGCAGGCGAGCGAGAGGAGGUCGCCGAGGGCCCACUCUCCAAGGGGGGACUCCACACUGCCCGGCGUGGUAUCGCAGGGCAGGGACCGUGGGGACAACUUGUCUGCUCCGAGGAGUCCUCGGGAUAGCUGCGGCGCUGGAGCGCUCUUCUCGCCUCGCAAGCAGAAGGAAGGCGGUCAGCUGCAGAACUUCCGGCGGCUGCAGGAGCAGCACCAGGCGGAGUAUCUGAAGUUUCUGCAAGAGCGGGCCGGCCUCCAGGACCAAUCGCCCCGUUCCCCGCGGGACGGCAAGAUGCCUCAGGUGUUCCGGCGCCUCACGGCGCCUGCCACUCCGCCCUCGGAGCAGAUGGCGCGCAUCGCCGUGGCAAACAUGGGCGCCAACAAAGCCCAGGUGUCCUUCGGAGGCCCAUUGGCAGAGUCAACGGAUGCGUCCGGAUACCUGGACGCACUCUUGGAGGCGCAUCAGGCAGAUGUCGCCACGCGCGGGGAGGAUAUUGGGAACUUUGUGAAGCAGUCGCCGCGAGUGUCGGAGGAUAAAGCCCGCGAGAUCUUCGACCGCCUGUACAAAAACGGGAAGGACGCUCGCAUCAGGCGCCGGGUCUAUGCAGAGCUGGGGCUGCUGGUGGAGCAAGCCAAAGAGGCCCAGAUGUGCACUUUCGAGCCGCAACUGCCGUUGGCGAGGUAUCCGGACGGGUUCCAGCCACAUGAGUCUAUCAACGAGCGCCUUUACCGGGACAGCUUCGACAGGCGUCGCCGGAGGGAGGAGGCCAAGCAGAGUGUGCCGAUGCCACCCUUCCGGCCCAACAUGUCGGUGAACAGCACGACGAGCCGGCGCAGCGAGGGGAUGUCGCCCAGAGAUACCUUGUCGGAUGCAGGCUUCGGGGACAGCAUGAGCCGAGUUCCCACGGAUGGGUCCAUGGUCCGCAAGAGCUCAACCCAUGAACGACUUUUCCGAGAUCACGCUGAUCGCAAGGCGCGGCAGGCACACAGGGAGGACGUGCUCGCGGACUGGAGGAAGCACACCUUCAAGCCCGAUAUCGCCACCAGCCAGGCCACAGGGCCGGUGGUUGCUCGGACCGCCAGCUUCUUUGAGCAGAUGGAGCGCAGUCGCACGGAUGAGGAUGGAUUCCCAACCCGGGCGCCCGCGCGCAUGGACACGCAUCCUGCCUUCGAGCAAGAGCUCUCAGAUGAAGAGGAGCUCAAGCUUGCCCCGCAGGACUCCAUGGCGGACUUAGCCUCUGAGAGCCCCAACUUCCGGGAGAACUCCAGCAUGGAGGUUGCCAGCCCCAUCGAUGUGGACAUGGCUGCCAGCUACAAGCUCAACCCUGCAGCACAAGAGGCUCUUGAGGCCGAGAUCGCGGAGUUUGAGGAGGAUGCUGCCAAGCGGCAAUCAGCGCAGUGGUCCAAGGACUCGAUGGGAGACCUCAUGGAUACCACGGAGAGCUUGAACUUCGCGCCUGGCGAGGCCGAUCAGAGCGGACAGGCCAAGCCUGGUGACCGAGAUGGGUCCGGGAUGCGUGAGAGCUUCUCCGGGAGUGAUUUGCGUGAGUGUGCGCGAGAGGCUGGUGCUUCUCCGACCCUCAGCGGGUCUGGCAGAAAUCUGCGUGAGCACUACUACAUUGGAGGUGACUCUCGCGUGAAUGAGUCAGACCUGGGUGAGAACCGCGAGAGCUCGGAUGAUCCGCGCCCGGGCGAGUCGCAGGGCAGGCUGGAGGGAAGUGAGCCGGCCGAGUCCCGUGAAACGGGAGAUUACCGGAGAGCCAACGAGUCUGGCCAGAGCCGACUGAGCAGCUUUCCGAGUGAUCGCAUGGUUGAGUCCGGCCCUCGUGAUAAAUCCGGAGCUGAUCAUUGGAUGGAGUACGAGUCGGGUGCAGGUGCCCCUCCGCGAAGCAAGGACAGCGUGGACCGGCAAGGCCAGGAGAACUUUGUACAGGGGGCCUCGGUGGCCUCCAGCGAUCGGGACUUCACCGAGCUGGGCUCGCGCGAGGUGAAGGUGGAAAUGCCGGCCGCCGACAAGCUGUCGGCUGUUUGCCAAGAGCUCAAGGCUGAGGCGGGCGAGCUGCCGGAGGAGCCGGUGAACGUGAUCUCUCCUGAGACCAACCUGCGCACCCCUGACAUGUAUUUGCAUCCCCAAGCUGCGGACGGCGCUCGAAACGCGGCGGUGCACGUAGCGCACGUGCCGCAGCAGCGACGGCAAUGGGUGCAGCAGCUCCCGGCGGCAGCGGUGCAUUCCCCUUCACCUGGUAGCGCCCGAGAAGUCACUCGCCAGGACUCCACGUAUUCACUGGGCGGAGGAUCCCCUGCCCUGGUGCAUCGGAACUUCUCCGGGAACAUGGCUGCAGUGUCCCCGCGGAGCUUCGCCGCACCGAUGUCCCCAAGGACUUAUGGGAUGCCAAUGCCGAUGGCGCCUGCGCAUGCCGGCCACGUGCAAAGACCUGUUGUGGUGCCGAAUCCCGUGCAUGUGCCAAGGUAUGCGCCACAGGUUAUGGCGCAGGCACCCUACCCCGUUCAGCCGCACGGCUUCUCUCCGCGCGGCGUCUGGCAAGUACCUGCGGCCAUGACCUAUCGCUGAGUCCCGAGGCGUCCGCUUCCUGAGUGCUCCGCGCGCCCAUCGUCGACUGGCGAUGCGUCUUGGGAUGGGCGGAUUGAGACGAGAGAAGUCGCCCCAGU